AUGAGAUUCGGAUUCAAGCUUACCCCCACCAUCCUCAACCUUUCCUUCUCCACCGAUCCCCAGGACGUCGCUGGCUCUGCGCAUUUCAACGUUCUGCAAACUCCUCAACGCAGGGAGCCUCAGUUCAUGUACGACAGCGACGUCUCCUCCUCCUCCUCCUCCCCCUCCUCCUCUACAGUCCCCAACGCUGAAGUUGACUCGGACUACAACGACAGUACCUACGCUGACUACGACUUUUCUCCGUCAUCUCUUGAGGUACUCACCGACGACAGUAUCACCGAGGAAACCACCGGUCAGCCUGACGCGUCCGAGCUCCCUAUCAGCAACGAAUACUGUGCUAGCUACGGCAGCACCCACUUUGAAACGUACGACAGAGAGCUAGAGCAAGAGAGGGCUAUCGUCGCAUCCGCACCCACGGCUAGUGGUGCGAGUCAUAUUGAUGUGCAACCUUCCCUUCCGCUGAGUACAGAGAUUGCUAUUUCGAGUAUGAGCAGCUCGGCUGCUGAGUCUCCUUCUUUGGAACUAUCGCCCUUCUCAAGUCCGUCUCUUCCAACCUCAUCGCCGGCCUCAUCGGCACCUUCGCCUACCGGCCGUCUCGUUACCACAGUGCUGGAGAAGCCCGAGCCCUUCUCCACAGACGGCAGAGAGGAGCACGACGAUGAAAUGGAUUAUGAGAUGGACUAUUCCCCCGAGAUCCCCGAUGAAAUCGGAUAUAGGGGCAAGGACGAUAGUUCGUUUCGUACGAAUAAUCCCUCCGACUGGUGCUUUCCCGAUUACGAGCAAGUCCAUGGUGGAGCCGAUGCGGCUCUAGUGGUGAGACGAGGGUAUUACUACGGAUUCCGCGCACGUUGCACACAGGAGCAACCAAUUCUAGACAUUCACCACACUCACCACAUUCACCACAUCGCAUACAACAAUGCAUUCGCAUACGCAUACAACUUUGGACACAACAUCGCAUAUCACUUUGGAUACCACUCUGCAUACAACAUCGCAUACAACAUCGCAUAUCACUUUGGAUACCACAUCGCAUUCGCAUACAACUUUGGAUACCACAUCGCAUUCGCAUACAACUUUGGACACAACAUCGCAUAUAUCAUUGCAUUCGCAUACAACUUUGGACACAACAUCGCAUACCCCAUCGCACACAUCGCAUAUUACUUUGCAUACCACUUUGCAUACCACUUUGCAUACCACUUUGCAUUCAACAUCGCAGACAGCAUCGCAUAUCGUUUUUCAUAUGACUUGCAUACAACACUGCAUACAACACCGCACAUUAUGCUACCUGCAACACUAUGUGCAACACUACACUAG